AUGGCCCACGCGUCGAAUUUCUCGACAAAUGUGCAGCACACACCACAGUCACUCACUCACUCAGAUCCAGAUGCAGAAGUGGUAGCUCUGUCACCUAAGUCCCUCAUGGCCACCAACCGUUUCAUAUGUGAAAUUUGCAACAAAGGUUUUCAGAGAGACCAGAAUUUGCAGCUGCAUAGACGUGGCCACAACCUUCCGUGGAAGCUGAAGCAGAGAACAAACAAAGAUCAAGUGAGAAAGAAGGUGUAUGUGUGCCCUGAGAAGAGUUGUGUGCACCAUGACCCCUCUAGAGCCUUGGGAGACUUGACAGGCAUAAAGAAGCACUAUAGCCGAAAGCAUGGGGAGAAGAAGUGGAAGUGUGAUAAGUGCUCCAAGAAGUAUGCUGUUCAAUCCGAUUGGAAGGCCCAUAGCAAGAUUUGUGGGACUAGAGAGUACAAAUGUGACUGUGGCACACUUUUCUCCAGGAAGGAUAGCUUCAUAACGCAUAGAGCCUUCUGUGACGCUUUGGCUGAGGAAAGUGUGCGGAUAUCAACAGUUCCAGCAGCUUUUAGCAACUUGAGAAACGACCAUCAUUUGACCAAUGCCCAAGCUUCGAGGAUGCCUCAGAUUUUUUCCGGGUUUCACUCAGAUCAAUUCGGUGGUUCGGGAACAUCAGAACCGCUGGUGAAUUAUGCUGAUCCAAACCAUCAUCAUCAACAAGAAAAGCUAAGGCUACCACUGUGGCUAGACCACCAGGCCAAUCCGCAAGGACUACACCACCACCCUCUUAACUUCCCAGUCAAACCAAGUGCUUUCACUUCUUCGGGGCCAAACCCUGUGCCUGAUGUGGUGCAAACGAUGGACAUGUUUGGGCCACAGUUUGUGAAUUACCGUUACCCAGAAGCAUCAUUUGGAGGUGCCAACCUGUCUGUGCUGCCGCCAAAUGGACUGAAGCAAGAACAAGAAGAAAACAAAGGAGACUUGUCGCAUAGUGCAAGCUCUAACUUGUACUUGAGUAGCAAUCAGAACCCACCUCACUACAUGUCAGCCACCACACUGUUGCCGAAAGAUGUUCAAAUGGGAUCUACGAGGGUGAGCGACAACGCGUUUUGCUCCACGGGCAGGAAUAUAAACAGCAGCAACAACAAUAUUGUCAACAACGCUGUUGUUGAGGUCCAGAAGCUGAACGAGUUGGUGAGCGUGGAAGGGUGUACCAACCUUGGAGGUGGUGGUGGUGGGUAUAUAUUAAAUGGUGACUCAAACAACUCGUUUGUGGUUGUGAAUGGCAGCAAGGGUUUGGAGCACAUGCUGAUGCCGGUGGAUGAAGAGACAACAGCAUCAAUCAUGGGAAAGCAAUUACACUCAAUAAGCUCACACAACAAAAAUCAACUUGGUUUAACCCGAGAUUUUUUGGGUGUGGGAGAUAAUAACAUUGAAUCGAUAAGGAGACCCUUUUUUCAGCAAGAUCUUGUUGAAUUUAAUGCAAUGGGGUCAGCCUCAGCCAUGAACCUGCAGAGCCAGUACGGUGGACACUAUAUCUAG